AAUCCAGACGUGGAGACUCAUGUCCAACUAGUCUCGCAUUACAAGAAACACGUGAAGAAGCCAAAGGAGGGGAAGGCGGGCAUGAGGGGCUCUUUGGCGGAUGAACUUCUGACUCUCGUCUCGUUUCCGUGGAAUUGAAAGGGGAAAAAUUUCCCGCUCCCUCGUUUCAGUCACCGAAUGGUCGACGACGAGUGGAGAUUGGUUUAUGUCCAUUGAGUGAACUAUAUCGAGAGCAAGUGUCUGUACACCUACAUAUCAUGGGUGUUUUGGAGUGAUAAAAAGUGCUUAUUCUCGACAAUACACUUUUUCGGUCUUUGGUUCGUAUUAAUCCUUGAUCCAAAAAUACAGGGAUAAUUGGCGUGAGAGAAACUUAUUCGUUCAAUAUGUCAUCAGUGUUGCCAUCUAGUCAGUCUUCGGCCAGAACGCCACGUCGGAUCAUCCAUCGUGCAUUCGUGAACAAUAUCAAAGAUCCUCGAAAUACCGGCAUGAUCUCGCCUGGCCUAGGAGAUCCUUCGCCUUAUUGCAACUGCAUGGCCCCAAAUUUGGUGUCCAACAACUUUGUCACUUUGCUCGUGAGCAUGCAGUACCUAUUGAUUAUGUGUGGCAAAUAUUGUGAGGACAGGAAACCCAGUGAGGCCACGUCAAACUUUCUACUGAAGGACUUACCCGAGGCCAUCAGCUCAAACACAAUCGAUGAAGAGACCUCCAAUCGAGUGACCUCAAUCAUCGAGAGUGCCAUCGAUCGUCUCAGAGGACGAGCCAGUGAUGCCAUUGCUCUGCCUCAGAUCGACGAGGAACCGGUCACCAAUCGCGUCAAGAAAUCUAAAGGCCCGGAUUUGUCCGCAGCUGGUUCGUCGAACUUCCGCACAUUCCGCGCCCUGACCUGUCCCACAUAUUGUUCCAAGGAUGUGGAUCCGGUCUGUGGAUCCGACGGAGUGAUCUACAAGAAUGAAUGUGACAUGAGGAAGCGGACUUGCAAUCGAGAUAUUGACGCUGUGGACCUGGAUCAGUGCUCGGUUCCCAAUGGAUCGAGAUGCGACCACAAAUGCGACAAGGACAAGGAUUUGGUUUGCGGUACAGAUGGGCGAACCUACUUGAACAAAUGCUUCCUUCAGGUUGAGUUUUGCGAACGCGGUAUCGAGUUCGCCCACUACGGAUCGUGUGUGAACACGUCCUCGAGUUCCCAAGAUUACUGUCCCAAAUCAUGCUCAAUCUCCAGAUCCGUCCUCCAAAAUGGACCUGUUUGCGGAUCAAAUGGCAAUGUCUAUCCAUCCGAAUGCGAAAUGAAGAUGAAAACUUGCGGACAAGGCGUUGUUUCUGUCCAUCGGCGACAUUGCCAAACCACGAAGCAUUGCGAUUCUGGAUGCAUGAGGAUCUCAAGGUUGACGUGUGGUUCAGAUGGUAAACUCUACAACAACGGAUGCCAGAUGCUAAGGAAGAACUGCGGCAAGCACGUAUACGAUGUCCCUGUUCCGUUCUGUUUGAACAAGUUGUACCGAACUGAUUGUCCCGGAGAUUGUUCGGAUCAACCUGAAGACCUGGUCUGUGGCAGUGACGGAAACGUCUACCGAAACGAUUGCGAACUCAAGAAAAUGACAUGCGGAUUCCCGCUGACGAGAUAUGAAUUGACCAUCAAAGUGGACAUGUCUCUGUGCAUGGAAAAAUUGGGCAAUUGCAAUAAGAUGACUUGCCCUGAGGCUCAAGAACCUGUAUGUGGUAACGAUGGCAUGACCUAUGACAGCCCGUGUUUCCUUCGAAAGGCCACAUGCACGAGUGGUGUACAAAUGGCCCAUGAAGGCCCCUGUGCCGAUCUGACCAAGGAGGAUGAGUGCCCCCAAACUUGCCCUGAAGCUAAAUCGGAUGAAUUUGUUUGCGGAUCUGAUGGCAAUGCUUACAGCUCUGAGUGUGAACUCAAGAAAGAGACUUGUGGCCAAUAAGUUGUGGUUGCCCCGAACUCUCAUUGCAAGGCCACUCAACACUGCGACUCAAGCAUUGAAUGUCCCAAGGCUGGCAAGGGCAAGGUCAUCUGUGGUUCAGAUGCUCAAUUCUACUCCACAGAAUGCGAGAUGAAGAAGAAGAACUGCGGCCGUCACGUGUACGUAUCUCCAAUGUCCCAUUGCUUGAAGAACUUCAAAUUCGUUUUCAAUGGUUGUGGACGGGUGUGUCCCUCUGAGUACGAUCCCGUUUGUGGCGAUGAUAACAAGACCUACUCCAACCAAUGCUUCAUGGAGAUGGAAAACUGUCGAGCUCGAUCGUUGGGUGGUGUGCGAAGGAAACAUUACGGAAAAUGCGGCGAGCCCAAACAGAAGGCACGAUUCUAUUUGUACAAAUAGUUAUGAUGAAGAUCGAAUGCUACAAGAAUAUGAAGUCAUCCUCCCCAAUGUGACGACAUUGAUGUCGAUGAAUUAGAAGAAAGAAAAGUUGUUGGGACGUCCGUGAGCCAACCUUUCACUGCCAAUUGUUACAAAAAGAACCCGUAUAGAAAUAAGUAUUUUGUAGUUUGUACCAAACAAAAAAUUGCUUUCAAUCCCGAUGGUUACCAUCAUCAAGAAUAUACAUAACCAAUUUUA